AUGCACUGGCAUCAAGUUCUUAGAUUUUUUAAAAGCUGUUUUUCAACUUUAGACCACACAGUUUCAUUAGGCAACAUACCAAAGUCCCAUUCUCCACAUCUGAAGUUGAUAGCAUGUCUCCAGAAAAUUCAUUUUUAUAAUGGCAAAGUCUCACACUGAUCAUUGUAUGAGCUCACGCAUUACGAGAAGAAAUUAAAGGAUGAAUGAAAUAAAAAAGCAAGAAAUUUGGAAGGUCUAAAGAGUUGGAGAAGAAGAUGAAGGAGGGCAAGAAAAUAA